AUGGCGACACCCAACGUGUUGGAACAAGAGAUUGAGGCGAGUGUCUCGUUGUUGCAUAUGCGACAUCCAUCCGGUACCGUCGUCAACCCUAUGCUCACAAAAGACCUCCAUGCUGGUGGUGAGAAUCGAGACGCUUUGCACGCUUCACUGUUGAAAGUAGUGGCGACCCAAGCUUCCAACCAGUCGUCGCUGCGGCAAAAGAUCUACGUGCACAAGAAGAGUGCCACACGGCUCACGGCGUUGUCAAGGGAGCUCACGCUCGAGGAGCUGCGCCCGCACUUUGGUCAACCGAUUGUGGAAGUGGCACGGGAAUUCGGUAUCUGCACGACGUUCCUCAAGAAGUUGUGCCGCCAAUGCGGUAUCAAGCGCUGGCCACAUCGUCAAAUCCGAUCGUUGAACCGUACGAUUCAGAUGCUGGAACAAGUGGAGUCGGCGACGACGAGUCCAGAGGAGAAGGCCACGUAUGCGGCGCAGAUUCAGCAGCACAAGGACAAGCAGCGUGCAGUGAUGGAAGACCCUGAUGUUACCGGUGGGUUGAAGAGAAUGAAGAAACCUGGUACGUCUAAGAGUGCUACUGAGAUCACUUCAGCACGUGCUGGUCGGGACAAGGAGUCGUUGCAGUCCGGGGCGAUGAUGCUGGACGGCGAUGCCAAGAACUUGUUGGCUCUUGCUGUUGCAGUGGACGCCGUGUCGAGUUGUAUCGGGAGCAAUGGAGCUGGCUUAAAGAAGGCAAAAAUGAAUCAAGAGGGAGCUACACCGUGGUCAUCAUCGCUCGGUGUACGCAUUUCCUCCCCGGAUAUGUCGAUGACACCCGUAGUGUCCUCGCUGACGACGCCAUUGCAAGCGGCUGCUGUAGUUGCAAGUCGGUCUCUGAAGUCGCUCAAAAUGUCUCCAACGAAUCGAGUUGCGAUGGUGAAGCAUGAUCCUGAUACUGGGAAUCGACUCGGCAGCUUUUCCAUCGCUCGUUUGCAGCCUCAGCACUUUUGUAUGGAAAAGCGUUGA